AUGGCAGGUGCUACUUCAACCGAGACGAACGCUGUUGAUCGAACAGUUAAAGCGCAAGAAAUACCCACACAAUCCCCUACCCAUCAACCCUCACCCGAUUCCCGCGCAUCGACCGUCGCAACUCCAGAAGAUAGCGAAAAGGAAGUCAUUGACUCCGAAAAUCAUACCUCAAAUCAAAGUAGCGUCGAUGUUACCACCACUCCCAAUGCUGCGGCUCCUCCUGGGCCCUCUCCCCAAGAUCCAGAGGCUUCGCGCACGAAAUUGCAAACGACUAUUAUCAUGCUGUCACUCUGCGCAUCGGUUUUCCUCGCCGCUCUCGAUGUCUCGAUUAUUACCACUGCUCUCCCUACUAUCUCCGAACAUUUCCAUUCAAACGCUGGAUAUACUUGGAUCGGUUCCGCCUAUUUAUUGGCGAAUGCGGCUUCUACACCUUCCUGGGGUAAAUUUUCAGAUAUAUGGGGACGGAAACCGAUUUUGUUAAUAGCGGCUGGAGUAUUCUUCAUUGGGAGUUUAUUGGCAGCAACGAGUGUUAGUAUUGGGAUGUUGAUUGUGGCGCGAGCAAUCCAGGGAAUUGGCGGUGGAGGAUUGAUUAUUUUGGUCAAUAUCUGCAUUAGCGAUUUGUUCAGCAUGAGGAAGAGGGGUGCAUACUUUGGAUUAAUUGGAAUGACUUGGGCUUUUGCUAGUGCGAUUGGUCCUCUGCUGGGAGGUGUAUUUACCCAGAAAGUUAGUUGGAGAUGGUGUUUUUAUAUUAAUUUACCGAUUACGGGAACAGUCGCAAUCGCACUUUUCUUUUACCUUCAUCUCGACAAUCCAAAAACACCCGUCUGGGAUGGAUUAAAAGCUGUAGAUUGGUUCGGAAGUUUACUGAUUAUCGGUGGUACACUUAUGGUCCUCCUUGGCCUGGAAUUCGGAGGUGUCACGAAACCAUGGGACUCAGCUACGGUCAUCUGUCUGAUCAUCUUCGGAAUCGUUGUUGCCGGUCUUUUCGUGCUCAACGAAUGGAAAUUCGCUCGAUAUCCAGUUAUGCCUCUUAGACUCUUCAAACAUGCAUCUAAUGUCGCGGCUUUGGGCGUCUGUUUCUGUCAUGGAUUCGUCUUCAUUUCAGCUUCUUACUAUCUCCCGCUUUACUUCCAAGCUGUUCUUGGCGCUACCCCUCUACUUUCCGGUGUCUAUUUACUACCAUUCGCUCUCUCUCUAUCUUUGACGUCCGCGAUAACUGGUGUGUUCAUUAAGAAAACAGGCAAAUACCUCCCACCCAUCUAUUUCGGUCUCGUGGUCAUGACACUCGGAUUCGGUCUAUUCAUCAAUCUUCCUCGCAAGGCUACUUGGUCUAAAAUCAUCAUUUACCAAAUCGUCGCCGGUAUUGGUGUAGGACCUAACUUCCAAUCUCCACUUAUCGCUCUACAAACCUUGGUCAAGAAAGCAGAUAUCGCGACCGCAACCGCCACAUUUGGAUUUACUAGAAAUCUAAGCACGAGUAUCAGUGUGGUGGUUGGAAGUGUAGUAUUUCAAAAUGAAAUGGAGAAAAGGAGUGCGGAAUUGAUUAAAGCUCUGGGAAGCAGUGUGGCAUCGGAAUUGAGUGGUGGAAGUGCGGGUGCCAGUGUGGACAUUGUCAAAGGUUUACCAGCUCCUGGAAGAGAAGUUGCGAGGGAUGCUUAUUGGGGAAGUUUGAGGAUUAUGUGGAUCAUAUACGUAGCAUUCGCAGCGCUGGGUUUGGCAAUUAGUUUUGCUAUUGGUCAACAUGUGCUCAGUAAAGAACACGAGACCACGAAAGUGGGAUUGGUUGAACAGGAGAAAUUAAGACUCGAAGCUAAGCAGGCGAAGAAAGCGACAGAUGUAGAGGCUGGAGUGCCGGUUGUACAGGCAAAUGGAGAGGGAGAGAAAGCUCUUUCUUGA